AUGUCUUUUGUUUUCUGAAGCAUGACAUACAUACUUUUGAAUUAACAAGUUUCGAACUGUCCUAAAAAGUCUGACAGUCAAUACCAAAAAUGCUACAUGUGCUCAAGGCCGCAGAAAGUAAAAUUUGUGGGAGAUGCAUUCAAAAGUUACUUCAUACCAGAUUGAAUUGCCAAAAUAAGAUUCCCCUUUUUCAAGCUAAAAUCCUUGCAAGAAAAAUUACCAAUGGACAUUCAUGUUGGACAAAAACCAGCUCUCAUUUAUUAGCAAAAAAACCUGAAAAAGAAAAGAAAGACAAUGGAGCAGAGUUGGAAGAACUAUUUAAAACAGUCUCAAAAGUUGUAGAGGAUUCUGUAAAGUCUGGAAAGAAAUUGAGUCUAAAAGAUCUUUGGACGAAGGUGAAGGAAAUGGAUGCGCAAUUACAGAAUGAAUCGAAACGUCAAAAUAUGACCAAAAAACAAGAAAGUAGUGGUGGUGGUCGUCAAAAUAAUGAAAAACAACAAAAAGGUUCUGGUAAAAAGGAAAAAUCUGAUUCAUCAAAAAGCUUUCUUCAAGAGUUGAUGGAAAAUCCAGAAAACAAUAAGAAUAUGGCAGUAAUCCUUGGGUUGAUUGUAGCUAUCGGUAUUGUCUAUGCAGUCAACACAUACAAUGCUAAUUACAGACAAGUAUCGUGGAAUGAAUUUGUAAAUAACUAUCUUUCUACAAAUGCUGUUGACAGAUUGAUUGUUGUUGGAGAGCACCAUGCAUAUGUGCACUUGAAAACUACAUCUGGGCUACAGUCACAACUGUAUUUUUAUGUCGGUUCCCCGGAUUCUCUUGAAAGAAAUAUGGAACGAGUGCAAGAUGGUCUUGAGAUUCCACCUUCUCAAAGAGUAUAUAUUGAAUAUAAACAAGAAAACUUUUUUGUUCGGAAUUUACCUGGACCCAUAACUAUGCUUAUCGCGGGUUGGAUUCUUUUUUCACUUUUUCAAGGAUCGAGAAUGAUGAGAUCAAUGGGUGGAAGCUCAGCUGGUCGUCCAAAAGAAAAGGGUGGAUUUGGUGGAUUCGGCAAUCCAUUUCAGAUGCUUCAGUCAACAGCCAGAGUUGUUGAAAAAGAAAAAAUGACAGUUUCAUUCAAAGACGUAGCUGGGUGUGAAGAAGCAAAAAUAGAAAUUAUGGAAUUUGUGAAUUUUUUAAAAAAUCCACAUAAAUAUGAACAGUUGGGAGCAAAGAUUCCAAAGGGUGCAAUUUUAUCUGGUCCACCUGGAACAGGUAAAACUCUGCUUGCCAAAGCGACAGCGGGUGAGGCUGAUGUCCCAUUCAUUAGUGUGAGCGGAUCGGAAUUCUUAGAAAUGUUUGUUGGAGUGGGAGCCUCCAGGGUGCGUGACAUGUUUUCAAAUGCUCGGCAGAAUGCUCCUUGUAUACUUUUUAUCGAUGAAAUAGACGCUAUUGGACGAAAAAGAUCUGGCGGAAAGUUUGGACAAAAUAGCGAGUCAGAUCAAACUUUGAAUCAGAUCUUGGUGGAAAUGGACGGAUUCAAUACUAUCGGAGCCAACGUAAUUGUUCUUGCUGGCACGAAUCGAGCAGAUGUUCUAGAUCCUGCACUUCUACGACCUGGAAGAUUUGACAGAAAUAUUUAUGUCGGAUUACCAGACAUUAAAGGACGAGCAUCCAUAUUUAAAGUUCAUUUGCAACCGAUUAAAACAGAUUUAGACAAGGAACCUCUUGCAAGAAAAAUGGCCGCGAGGACGUCCGGAUUUUCAGGUGCUGAUAUUGCUAACAUGUGCAAUGAAGCAGCACUUAUAGCAGCGAGAGAUGGAGGCACUGUGGUUGAGGAAAAACAUUUUGGUGCGGCUAUUGAAAGAGUUAUAGGAGGUAUCGAAAAAAAGACGAGGGUACUACAGAAAGAUGAGAAAAAAACUGUUGCAUAUCACGAAGCAGGUCACGCUGUUGUUGGUUGGUUUUUAGAGCAUGCAGAUCCACUUUUAAAAGUUUCAAUAGUACCUCGUGGCAAAGGUCUCGGUUAUGCAAUGUAUCAACCAAAAGAACAGUAUUUAAUGUCAACACAACAGAUGAUGGAUAGGAUGUGCAUGAUGUUGGGCGGGAGAUGUUCAGAACAAACAUUUUUCAAUGAAAUUACGUCCGGUGCUCAAGACGAUCUUCAAAAAGUUACAAGACUAGCAUAUGGCCAGGUCACACAAUUUGGAAUGAGCGAAAAAGUUGGACAAGUUUCAUUUGAUAUGCAAGAAGGUCACAUACAAAAGCCAUUCAGUGAAGCUACAGCACAAUUAAUAGAUGAGGAAGUUCGAGAUAUUGUUACAAAAGCUUAUGAACGAACAUUGAGUAUCAUUAAGGACAAACGACAAGAGGUGGAAAAGUUGGCUCUGAGGUUAUUGGAAAAAGAGCAUUUGGAGCGAGAAGACAUGAUUGAACUAAUAGGAGAACGACCCUUCAAAGAACAAUUUUCAUACGAGGACUUUGUUGCCGGUACUGGUAGUUUUGAAGAAGAUACAACAUUACCAAAAGGACUUGAAGGCUGGAAUGAAUCAGCAGAUAAAAAUGAUGAAACUGAAGAUUCGGAUAAAGUGAAAACAUCAACGAGUAUAUGAACUGUGAUAAGAUAUUGUCCUGAAUAAUACCUAAAUCAAAAAAAAUAGAUUUAUUAGCAUUUUCUAUCUGAUAUCUGGCAGUGUGAGCACAUAAACUACGGGCUUCAUGUGGCUUGAAAUCAUAUGAAGUUGUCAGUGUGAACAAUGUUAUUAUAUAGUCAUUCUUGCUCUCUUCCAUUCUAAUAUAAGACAUCGUGGAUCCAGUACCUCUGGUGUAAAUGGUUUUAUAAAAUCCAAUUUAUGUUCCACAUUG